AUGCCCAAAGACGUGUCUUCUUCAUCCGAGGAAGAGGAGACUCCCGCUGCAGCAACACAAUACAAACCACGAGAGAAGAAGACGACCAGGUACCAGUGUCCUGCUGACUUUGUGUCUUUCUGCCACGCCCCCUGCAGCAGCACACAAACACACAGUCUGAGCAACAACAAGAACGAGUUGUGGCUCAUUAAAGCUCCUGCCAACUUCGAUCCAGAAUGUUUCAGUGGCAUCAAGGUUCCUCUCUCAGGUCUGGAGACUGUGAAAGUUCCCACAGCUGGAGGCGGAGCCACGACUGCCAGCGGCCAGAAGAUCUACAGCAUCCUGGCGUCCUCCCACGGCACCUCAGAGCUCCACCUGCUCACCACAGACAAGCAGGCGUCAGACGGCGUCGCUUUCGCUCCUGCUUUCUCCGGCUUGAUAAACGUGUGUGAGAGCUACGGAAACACCAGCGCUAACUGGGCUCCUCAGGUCAUCCCUGCCGCUCCUGCUCCCUCCAUCCCACCGGGGCUGAAGCAGCGAUUCCAACCCUUUGGCAGCAGGACUCCCACGCUGACCGGUGUGGCAGAGAGCGAGACGGACGGAGCCGCCUCCGGGCCCUCGUCUCCGACUCUCCGGCCCCUGGCGGGCAAACGAUUCAUAGAGGAAGCAGGAAAUGAGGAAGAGGAUGAGGGGAGGAGGAAGAAGAAGAAGCAUAAGAAAGAAAAGCAGAUAAAGUUGGAGCGAGAGGAGUCGGAGGUGUUGGAGGAGAUUGUGAAAGUGGAACCUGAAGCUGAAAUUAAGGAUGAGGUGAUGACGGAGGUCCCAGAGGAGAAGAGGAAGAAGAAGAAGAAAAAGAAGGACAGGGAGCGAGAGGAGGUGGAAGAGGGAGUGGAGGUAAAGGCUGAAGAGGUAACGGUUAAAUGUGAACCAAUGGACACUUCGUAUGGUGAUGAAGGGGAUGGAUCGGUGAAGAAGAAGAAAAAGAAGAAGAAAAGCAAAACUGACGACGAUUAGUCUGUUGUUGUCGUUAAGUUUUGUUUAGUUUUGACUUUCUGAAAUCGCCUGGGAGUCCAUUUCCUUCUGAAGUUGUUUUCAGGCUUGAACUCUGGAGGUUGUCAGCACCUCUGGCUCCAGACUUUCUCUCACAUAUUAACCACGCAGCAUCAGAUUCUCCGCUGCCGUGGAGAUCACUUGUUGUCGUUUCCAGCUCAUCGACACCAGCGUCCACUCUUAUCACCAAAAGCUCUGACAUCUUCACUCUGUGAGCGGCGCUCCACGUUUCAUCCUGAGAGUUUAGCCUUGUUGCGUGUUAGAAACGCCAUCAACACGCCUACUCGCUCGCCGUCAAUCCUCCGUAGCUUCUCCUGCUGUGUUCUCACAUCACCUCCCUCAAACAUCGUCCAGAGUUUUUAUUCGGAGCCUGGCAGGAGAAACUACAGAAAAUGUCUGGAAGAAGCUUAAUUCAAUCCAUGCUAUUGAUAGUUGAGAGAUUAUAUAAUUCAGUACAUUGUAGUUUGGAAAAAAUGAGAAAAUACAUCUUGAAUCGGUUAAAUUCUGACACAAAUUAUAAAGUGGGUUCAUUCCAGCAUCUUCAAAUCCAAUGUUCAUAUAGUCCAGAGCCCAGUAUGACACAGGGAGCAUGUGUGCAGCUGCAGGCGAGUGACAGGUAAUGGGAGCGUACAGGAGGGAUUUCUGUGUUUUCCACCGGUGUCUGUCAAGUCGUGGUCCAUUGCGCGGGACUGUGUUUCUGUGUUUGUGUACAUAUUUACGUUACUGGGGGAAGUAACGUCACCAGUUUGGCGGCAGACUCAGAAAAACCAGAGCGGACACGCUGACAGAAUAAUGGUUGUGUGUCACGUUAGGCUGUUAGUAGCUGGAGCCGAGUCACACGCACUGCAGGAGUUACGCGUGUGCAGGGAAACACAUGUUGGAGAACAAACUCCAAAAGUGAUUAAAUGAACUGAAAGAACAAAA